AUGAGGCCAACAGGAGAGUCUGAGAAGUUUAUAACACUUCCAACCGCCUCGCGGGUACUUCCCACGGGAGGAAGCCCUGCUGAUGGCGGUCAGAGGUUGCAAACUACUAUGGGCAUAGUAUCCCACGGCGCUCAACAGCAAAGGCACAACUCCCAGAACAAUGUUACAUGGAGGUUGGGAGUAGAUGAUAGCGUGGAGUCAAACGGCCUGAAUGUUCAUGUCCGUGUGCGCGACAGCCGUACUCCAACGCCAUUUACUUCCAUGUUUGUAUCGAGCAGUAGCUCCUCGCCCCUGACAGCUCGAAGCAUGUCCGGAUAUCAGGAGGAAGAAACAUCUCCAUAUUCCAUCAGCGGUGCUGAAUACUUGUCUGCUGGUGAACACAUAGCACACACAGCACUAAGUGGGAAAUGCAGUUUUUUUUCCUUUCCGGAAGGUUUGCCAUCCUUUCGGCCGCCGUCAGUUCCCGCCGAGCGCACCCACAAAUUGUUUAUUGGACAGCUACGCUUUGAAAUGUCGCUGGAGGCGCUCGUCUGGUUCCUGCACGAAACCAUCAAUGUUAAUGUGUGCAACAUUGAGAAGCGUGGUUGUGGCUGCGCAAUUAUUUCACUGUCGAGUGAGGCGGACCGUGAGGCCGUAUUGCAGCUGAAGGAACGGCUCCUCGUUGACAUUGGCGGUAUGUGGUAUGCACGGAGCGAUGAGGAGUGCUGUAACCUCCACAACUACAUUGAUUGCAGCGUUGCACAUAUUCCACGACCGCAGAAAGUUCCUCAGCGGCUAGUGGUAAUUGAGGAGGCCCGGACGGGCAGAUAA